CGUUGUGUCGUUACUGUAGUCUUAUAAACUCUUUACAGUAGCCUCCACGCUUAACCUAUAUUCAUAAUUACAUUAAAGUCCUUAAAUUUGUGGAGUAACUUUGAAGUUUCAUUAUUCGUUUAAUAGCUAGGUUGUAAUCUGUCUAAAAUUUCAUAUUGCACGCCCUAUAAAAUUAAGCACAACGUAUCCUACGGCUGAUCCAAGCGAGAUUGUGAAACUACGUAUACUCGUAAGCUUUAAAGAUAUGUGGCGUAUAUGUCAGUUCCAUGCCCAGAACUUUUUACAGAAGCAUGUAUUUAGGUUUAACGCAUUACUAUUGCUUUUUCUGACUGUUCAGAGUUCAGGCUUUGUGCUUCUCUCGACUUAUGUGCAGCAGCGGAAGAGUGUCGUUACGGGGAAGGUAAAGUCCUUCACGGCGUCGCACUUCCUAAUGUGCGUAGAAUGCACGAAGCUGCUACUGUCGCUUUUCUGGAGUGUUUUGGACGUCCGACGUAAGAUACGUGAGGGGGAUAUCUUCAAAGUGCCGAUUGAUACUACAGGCUGUGAAGUCAUUGUACACGAUUCACCCUCACCUCAGUCAACGUUGCAUGAACCAGCUCAACAAUCGGAAAGGUCAGAGCGUAUGGCUAUGGCGAGCUCUCUGAAGUCAAAUAUCGAUGUCAAGACUGACAUCACCUCUCAGUUGGGGGAUGAUAUGCUCGGCAAACACUUGGCAGUCUACAAGCUCCAGAAUUCAUCCCCACAUUAUUCUUUGCUGAACUUUUGGUCUGAGUAUCUGCGUGAGGUGAGCCUUUUCCAGAACAACUUUGAGGGCUUCAUUAUGCUGCCCCCCGCCGUGUGGUAUGGAGUUCAGAAUUAUUUCAUUCUUAAUGCAUUCCGCAUGUUGGACCCCGUCACCUUUCAGCUUUUCAGUCAAAUGCGCAUUCCUAUUAUUGCCUUCGUGAUGUAUAUAUUCUUGGGUAUCCAUCUUAACUCUCAGCGCUGGCUGGCCAUUGUCGUCCUCUUUGUUGGUGUUAUACUUGCACAGAUUAGUGCCUUAAACAACGCGAAGCGAAGCCCAGAAUCAGCCCCCAAGAUGAACAGCACAACGGGCACGUCUGGAAAUGGGAGUGGGAUGGAUACCAACUACGAGCACUAUAUCAUGGGAAUAGCUUCGGUCGUGAUUGCCUGUACUCUCUCUUCGAUCUCAAGUGUGUACAUGGAGUGGAUUUUCAAAAAGCGUUCGCAUCGCUGUCUUUUAUCUGUGAGGAACGUCCAUCUCGCGUUUUUUUCGAUCCUUUACUUUAUCUCUCUUGGAGUUAAUGAGUGCCUCAUAAACCGCGCAAACCAGUCUGGUGACUCCGUCAUGGAGUCAGACGAGUCGUAUUCUUUUGUUUGGAGCUUUAUUCGAUCCUAUUUCACAGGCUUCGACUACCUAGUGGUGAUUUUGGUUUUGUUCCAUGCAUGUAGAGGUAUUAUGGUGGCGUUGGUGAUGCGCUAUUCAGAUAACAUCAUGAAGUCUUUUUCCAUCGGUGCUUCAAUUCUAUUGAAUGGUGUCGGUUCUACCAUAUUGUUUGAUUCACAGUUUACUUUUCUGUUUUUGCUUGCAUCGAUUUUGGUUAUUGUGUCUAUUUUUAUGUACAAUUCGGCUUAG